AUGAGAUCGGACGAUGGGAAAUCUCUCGACGAUGAGGCGCAGUUGCAGGCUCUCGGCCACAAGGGCGAACUCAAGCGCAAUUUUAGCCUUAUUUCCAUGCUGGGCCUUGCUUUUGCCAUUCUGAACUCUUGGACUGCACUUUCAUCCUCCAUUGGACUUGCUCUACCAUCCGGUGGUACCACUAGUGUCAUUUGGGGCCUCCUCACAGCCGGUAUCUGCAACUUGGCCUUGGCCUCAUCACUUGCGGAAUUCUUAUCGGCAUACCCUACUGCUGGCGGACAGUACCACUGGGUAGCCGUCAUCACUCCCAAGAAAUGGGUCCCGCUCGCUUCCUUCAUCACUGGAUGGAUCAACGUGUCUGGAUGGCUCGCUUUAACUACUUCGGGAGGCUUACUUGCCUCGCAACUCAUUUCCGGUCUUAUCGCGCUACAUCAUCCCGAGUUUGACUUGAGGCCGUGGCAGGUCUGGCUUAUUUAUUCUGCCUGGACCAUCAUCGCGUUCAUCGUCAACGCCUUCUUGAACGACAUAUUGCCCUAUGUCAACCGCACCGCCUUCAUCUGGUCCAUCGGAGGAUUCUGCAUCGUCUGCAUUACCGUAUUGUCUUGCGCAUCCCCCGACUUCGCCUCUGCAGAAUUUGUCUUUACCAAAUUCAUCAAUGAGACGGGCUGGCCUGAUGGCAUUGCUUGGCUUCUCGGCUUGCUCCAGGGCGGGUUCGGAUUGACCGGGUACGACGCGGUUGCGCAUAUGAUUGAGGAGAUUCCGAAUGCUGCAGUCGAGGGGCCCAAGAUUAUGAUCUACUGUGUCUGCAUAGGCACUGUCACCGGAUUCAUCUUUCUGACGGUUUUGUUGUUCGUUUCCGGAGGCGAUGCUGGAGCCAUCAUCGACGCAGCUCCCGGCCCACUUCUUCAGAUUUUGUUCAAUGCGACGAAGAGCAAAGCAGGUGCCACGUGCCUGUUGAUGAUCCCGUUGGUUUGCAUCCUCUUCGCCGAGAUUGCCAUCAUGACCACCUCCAGUCGCAUGACGUACGCAUUUGCUCGAGACGGUGGACUACCAUUCUCGAAAUUCUUCUCGAAAGUACACCCGAGAUUGGGUCAGCCGCUCAAUUCUCUGAUCCUAGCUGCUACUUUGGCGAUCCUCUUCGGACUGAUCUUGAUCGGAUCCAGCAGCGCCUUCAACGCUCUUAUUUCUGCGUCUGUUGUCGCCUUGGGUGUGAGCUAUGCCAUUCCCAUUGCCAUCAAUCUUUUCCAAGGCAGAAAGAUGCUCGGCCCAAGAGCUUUUGUUCUACCCGGACCUAUCGGCUGGGCUGCAAACAUACUCGGUAUCUCGUACACAACGGUGACCACCGUCAUGUUCCUAUUUCCGCCUGUGCUACCAGUAACAACCUCCAACAUGAACUAUUGCGUCGUCGCUUUUACCAUCAUCCUGUUCAUCAGUACCUUCCAAUGGCUUGUCGACGGACGUAAGAAUUUCACCGGACCGCGGUCAGAGCUGGGGCUGGAGGUUUUGGAUGCUUUGGCAAGCCAUGAGCAGCCUGGAGUUGAUGCGCCGACGUCCCACGCUGCCGUCAAUGAUCCGGCGGAUGCACUCAAAUAA